UUAUCUGCGUCUAUAAGUGCCUCACAAUCCGAGAUUCUCUGCUCAGUCAGUGGAGAGACACAGCGGAGGAAUGACUUGGAUCGCUUUGCUCAUCGUUUACCUCGCAGCAGUUGCUGUCGAGGGGGAAGCACCGAUACCGAUACCGAUGGUGACGAGGGCAGAGUGGAACGCCAGACCCGCCAGCGGACCGAUGGACAGCAUGGACACUCCCCUGCCCCGAGCUGUGAUUGCCCAUACAGCCGGAGGUGGUUGCACGGAUGAUGUUGGAUGCUCCCAGCAAAUGCGCAAUCUGCAGAAUUUACAGAUGUCCCGGCAGAAGUUCUCGGACAUAGGAUAUCACUAUUUGAUUGGAGGCAACGGCAAGGUCUAUGAGGGCAGAAGCCCUAACCAAAGAGGAGCCUUCGCUGGACCCAACAAUGAGGGUUCCCUGGGCAUCGCCUUCAUUGGUAAUUUCGAAGAACAAGCACCCAGCCAGGAGGCCUUGGAGGCCGCCAAGAAACUGCUGGAACAGGCUGUGCAACAGGCUCAGCUGGUGGAGAACUACAAGCUGGUGGGUCAUCGGCAAGUCAGUGCCACCAGGAGUCCUGGCGAAGCCCUCUACACUCUCCUACAGCAGUGGCCCAACUGGUCAGAACAAAUAUAAGAUAUGCUAUAAACUAGCUUAGGUUUCGACACGUAAAGACCAUUCCUUACACAUUUAUUUGUAAAUAUAAUUAUGUAUAAUUUGUUGUUUUGCUUAAAUACGAAUACUAAACUUUUAA